AUGAAUUUCGGCGGGACGUUAAGGAUAAAUAAAUUCGCAUGUUUUACGUUAGCGUUUAUUUUGUUUCUCAUAAUAUAUUGGCGUUCGGGUGGGUCAACAUAUCCGGCGGACAAGAAUGAUUUAAUUAAUUUGAAAACAUUGCUGAAAGCAGCAAUUCACGCUGCUGAGUUAGGUGGUACAAAAGUAGCUGAGGGUAUAAAACACGACAUGGACAUAAAAAGUAAAGGGAAAACCAAAGAAGGAGUUAAUGAUCCUGUCACAGUUGCGGACUAUGCUUCGCAUUGUACAAUGUAUUACGGUAUCAGAAACACAUUUCCAAAAUUGAGGGUGGUGUCAGAAGAACACUCUAAUAACGAUCCUAAAUGCGAAGGUCAAAAACCGUUUGAAACUGAUACAGUACUAAGUAAUAAUAGGAUAAUAGAAUAUAUGAAUGAUGAACUAGUCUUUACAAAAGAUAUUACCAUAUGGAUUGAUCCCUUAGAUGCAACUAAGGAGUAUACAGAGGGUCUUUAUCAGUAUGUGACUACUAUGGUAUGUGUGGCGUAUAAAGGUAUACCGAUAAUUGGAGUAAUUCAUUAUCCUUUCCCACCACAAAAUCCUCAGACUUACUGGGGUUGGAUUGCAAAAAAAACUUCAAGUAAUGUGGCUAAUAUUGUUCAUAGAGAAGAAAACAAGGAACACCCAAGAGUAGUUGUGUCGAUUUCUCACCAAGGAAAAGUGUCACAAAUAGCUAAAGACGCUUUCGGCCCUAAAACAACCGUAGCCAAAGCAGCAGGGGCCGGAUACAAAGUUAUGGGUGUUGUAAAUGGUACAUACGACGUGUAUCUUCACAACACAGCCAUAAAGAAAUGGGACUUGUGCGCCGGGGACGCUAUAAUACGGACCGUUGACGGUAAAAUGACUACUACCAAAGGAGAUCAUAUAGAUUAUUCACCAGAUACCGAUGUAAAAGUAACGGACGGUAUACUUGUGACUCGAUAUGACCAUAAAUAUUAUCUUAGUAAAAUUUCCAAUGUUUUACCAGUGACUCCUUAA